UCCACGAAGUGCAAACCGAGGAUGGCUACUUGCUCGACCUCUACCGCAUCCCGGGACGCAGAUCCGCAUCCGGUAAACCAACCCAACGCCCCUACCGCAAUGCACCCAUCUUCCUGAUGCACUCGCUGCUGAGCAGCUGUGCCGAUUGGGUACUAAUGGGUCCGGGGCGUGCCCUUGGCUACCUGCUUGCCGACGCCGGUUACGACGUGUGGAUGGGCAACGCACGUGGUACGCGCUACUCACGCAAACACACCCACUUCGAUCCGGACCGGUCGGCCGAAUUUUGGAACUUUUCCUGGCACGAGAUAGGCCUGUACGAUGUGCCAGCGCUGAUUGACCACGUACUGGCCGUGACUGGUCAACCUCGGUUACAUUACGUGGGCUUUUCGCAGGGGACAAUGGUGCUGUUUGUGCUGCUGUCGGAAAGGCCGGAGUACAAUGCGAAGCUGAUCGAUAUGCAGGCCAUCUCGCCGUCCGUCUACAUGUAUCGGCUCGAGGGACGCAUCGUGCGUACGUUUGUGCACCUGGCUGAUCCACUGGUGGUGGCACUCGAUGCAGCCGGUCGGCACGAGAUUCUACCGAACAACCGAUUCAUCGCACCGUUGGUAAAGAUCGUAUGUCCCGAUGCGAAUGUGACCGUGUGCCGGGAGUUGCUGUACGAUGUGGCGGGCAAGAAUCCACCGCAAGUGGACGAUAAGAUGCUGAGAAUCUUCCUGGGUCACUUUCCGGCAGGAGCAUCCCUACGCCAACUGCAUCACUUCUCACAGAUUAUCCGUACCUCGCGGUUUGCUAAGUAUAGUCCGCUACAAAUGGCACGGCAUGCACUUCCCACAACAGCAGUGGACGCCCCGCUGUACAAUCUCACCCUUGCCACUAUCCCGGUCGUAGUGUACUACGGACUAAACGAUCAUGUAGUUAACUUCCGCGAUGCUCUGCAGCUAGCCGAGGAAGUACCGAAUCUAGCCGCCGUUCAUCAGAUCGCCGACCGACGUUUCACCCACAGUGACUUCAUACUGGCCAAGAAUUCGGCCCGUUUGUUGAAUUCAAUUUUGCUGCAGGAACUCGACCAGUACGACGGUACGCCUGUCAGUAGUAGAAUGGCAUCCGACUCGAUAGAACGUACGAUUGUAAGCCGUGGCUCUAGUGCCGGGCAGCUGACGAUCGUGCUGUUGUCAUCGAUCGUGCUGCUAUCGUUUGGAGCAAUAUUCCAAAGCACGGAAGCAGCAUCCAGCCGGCAACGUCCCAGGGAUGUCAACGAUGUUGGUAGCUAUUUUGCGAUUGAGGUCGAGGAUGGUGCCUUGCGUACGCCGGAGCUCAUUACCAAGUACGGCUAUCCAGUCGAAAGUCACCAGGCGACGGGUGCAGACGGAUACAUAAUUUCCCUAACCCGAAUUCCACCCAGAAAGCGCCGCCACCAAACACCGCUGCUACUAGUGCACGGUCUGCUCGCCAGCUCGGGCGAUUUCCUGAUUAUCGGACCGAACAACAGCCUCGCGUACCUACUGGCCGAUCGCGACUACGAUGUGUGGCUAGCGGAUAUGCGAGGCAAUCGAUACUCGCAAGGCCACACGCGCCUAAACAUCAGUUCGCCAGAAUACUGGGACUUUAGCUGGCACGAGAUGGGUUACUACGAUCUGCCGGCUGCGAUCGAUUACAUCCUCCGCCAGACCGGUGCUCGACAGCUAGACUACAUUGGACACUCGCAGGGCACAACCGUGUACUUCGUGAUGGCUUCCAGCAGACCCGAGUACAACGAAAAGAUUGCUCACAUGUACGCACUGUCACCGGCCGUUUGUUUGAAGCGUGUACGAAGUCCACCGGUCCGGUGGUUGCUGCAGCACGUGUUUGCCCUGAAGGAUCUGUUCGAUGCGUUCGGGGUGCAACAGUUUCUGCCCCAUUCGGAUGGCCAGUACGAGAUGUCACGCAUACUUUGCCCGGUGAACGAUCCGGACAACAUAUGUAUGCAGGUUGUGAGUAUGACGGUGGGCCCGAACCCGGAUAUGACGGACAUGAUGGCAAUGCAGGUACUUACCGGGCACGAUCCAGCAGGAGCUUCCGUCAAGCAGUUGCUUCACUAUGCACAGCUCCAGCGUUCCGGUAAGUUUCGGCAGUUUGACUAUGGUCGACGCAAUAACACCGAACGAUACAGCCACUGGAAUCCUCCGGCGUACAAUCUUAGUGCUGCUACUGCUCCGGUUACGAUUUUUUAUGCCGUCAAUGAUUGGUUGAUAGAUCCACGGGAUGUAGUACGGUUUUCUAAGCUACUACCGAAGCCACCGACGAUGUACUUGGUGGAGGAUGCUAACUUUAAUCAUCUCGAUUUUACGAUGGCCAAAAAUGCACGCGCAAUGGUGUACGAACGUAUACUACGCGACCUAGAGCAACGUGAGCGAUCGACUACAAGCGUAUGA